AUGGAAUUAUCAUACUCUCUUAUUUUUAUUGCUCUAUUUGCUGAUGCUAUCUACUCAAAAAGCAGCUCUGUAGUUCAGCUCACUGCAUCUAAUUUUGAUUCUGAAGUUUUAAAGUCAGAAGACUUUUGAAUAGUUGAAUUUUUUUCUCCAUUGUGUGGCCCUUGCCAAAAACUAAUUCCUGAUUAUGAAAAUGCUGCUGAAUCUCUUAAAGGCAUUGCCAACCUCGGAGUUGUAGAUAUGACUAAAGAUUAUAUUUUAGGCCAAACUUAUGAAAUAAAAAAAUACCCAACUUUUAAGGUGUUUUCAGCAAAUAAAAACAAGCCCCGAGACUACACAGGAGAAAAAUCAGCUAAAUCUUUUAUUUCUUUUGUGUUAAGGCAGCUUGAAAAAGAUCCAUUACACAAUUCUACGACUAUAGAGAAUGGCGUUUACAUCUUAAAUGAUACAAACUUUGAAAGCACUGUUAUAAAAAGUAAAGACCCUUGGAUUGUAAAUUUCUAUGCCCCUUGAUGCUUUUAUAGCAAACAACUUGCACCAGAAUGGACAAAAGCUGCUGAUAAAUUAAAAACUAUUAUAAAAAUAGGGAAAAUAGAUGCUAUAGAGAACUUAGAAAUAGCGACGAGAUUUAAAAUCAGUGAAUAUCCAUCAAUAAGGAUUUUCCCUCCGAAUUCAAAAGAGGUAUAUGAAUCCAUAAGCCCAAGAACUGCUGAGAGUAUAGUAAAGGCAGUUUAUGAAAAACUUGAAUCUUAUGGGAUUCCAAUGCCGAUUGUACAGCUUACAAGUGAAGAAAUCCUAGCUCAGUAUUGUGAAGAAAAAUUUUGCAUUAUUGCAUUUUUGCCUCAUAUAUAUGACAGCUCAGCUGAAGAAAGACAAAAAUAUUUAGAUAUGCUCCAAGAAUUAAUAAAAAAAAAUAGAGGAAAAUCGGUAUCAUUUUUGUGGGCACAAGCAGGAGACUAUUAUGAUCUUGAAAAACUUUUUGGGAUUGGAAUGGGAUAUCCGGCUGUUGUAGGAUUAGCUCUAAAAUACUCAAGUUUUGCACCUAUGAAAGGCUCAUUUAGCCUUCAAGAAUUAAACUUGUUUGUUAACAGAUUUUUAGUCGGAGGAUUUUCUUUACUUUUUUGAUCAGAAAAAAUUAAAAAUUUAAUUAUUAAAAAAUUGUUCAUUUAUGUAACUAAAGCCAAGAAAGAAGUUAGAAGAAUUCAAUGAGCUUCCAUUAAUAAAAAAUAUAGAGCCUUGGGAUGGCAAAGAUCAAGUAGCUGAUUAUCAAUCUGAAGAUCAAGUAGCUGAUUAUCAAUCUGAAGAUCAAGUAGUCGAUUAUCAAUCUGAAGACCUAUAA